AAUACAGGGUCUGUAAGGUGCACGCACUGCACGGUGGUGAGCCCCGCGGUGUAAGUACUAUACUACCUAGUACUAUGUACUGUAACACCUCACUACAUUGCAAUUGGAAUCGCGCACAAAUUUUGUCUAGACCUCGCCAUCCCGUCAUCUCAUUCUAAACCCAACUCAAUUCUCAAUCCCAAUUCCAAUUCCCAUUCGAUCCCGUUCUUUCCUUCACAAUGGAUCUUCUCUAGGAUCUUCAAGGUCUCUUCUUAUCGCAUCCUAUUAAAUAUAGUGUUUGCUUCAGCUUGAGACCUACCACCUCCAACCUUCAACCUAUAACUGACAAACUACCUUGCUACAACUUCUAAACUAAUUCGCUACAACUUCCAACAUUGAAGGUCUCACUUCCUUUUACUUGCGAUCUGCUCAUCUCGGGUGGCCAACUUCUGGUACACAUAUACUACUACUAUUGACCUACCGCAAUCGGAGCAUUUAGGGAUUCCCCUUUGCCUGAACUUACAAACCUUGUAUCUCUCAAGUUUUUUCUUCUUCUACACCUCUUUAAGGUUGCUUGCAUUCGCUACAUAGCACACACGUUCAACACUGUUGUGUAUCUGUGUGUCUGCGUGUGCAUCUUCCAUAUCCCAUCUUCUCUUUCGACACCGCCUUUCUUGCCUGCUGUAUACUGCCCAAGAUGGUUAGGAACAUCGUCAUUCUGUCUGGGAACUCCCACCCAUCCCUCUCCGAAUCUGUUUGUAAAAUGCUUGGGAUUCCCAGUGGUAACCGCAUAUUGAGCAAAUUCUCUGUUGGCGAGAGUCGCUGUGAGAUCCAGGAUUCGGUUCGAGGAAAAGAUGUCUUUAUUAUACAAUCUGGAGGUGGUUCCAUCAACGACCACCUGAUAGAACUUUGCAUUAUGAUAUCCGCCUGCAAGACGGGCUCGGCUAAGCGCGUCACGGCAGUGCUUCCAUUAUUCCCCUAUUCAAGACAACCAGACUUGCCCUAUAACAAAGUCGGCGCGCCACUGUCGAAACCCCCCACCGAAGUCCCAAAGGACAAAUACACCUUCGAGAGUGUCCCAGCCACUCCAGCACCUAAUAUCAUGAAGAGCGCUAGCUUUAACAAAGAAACUGACCUUGCGAGGGUGAUGAGCAAGACUACCCUCUCCAAUGGAGCCGGAAAUGGCAUAACUCGAACCAACAGCGAAAACUACUUCGCCAAUGGAAUCCCCAAUGGCGGCGACAAUGCCUCAGCCCAGGGCAAUGCGCACAACCACACGUCAAGCCAUGUACGUGUGGGGAGCUACACUACCCACGACUACGAGAACCCUGGUCUCAUAUCAACAUUUGAAGCAAAGCCCGGUUAUAAACGAUGGGUUGCCCAAGCAGGAACCCUAGUAGCAGACUUGCUCACCUGUGCAGGUGCUGAUCAUGUCGUUGCACUAGAUCUGCAUGAUCCUCAAUACCAGGGCUUUUUCGACAUCCCGAUGGAUAAUCUUUAUGGUCGGCCGCUGCUCAAACGCUAUAUCCAGCAGAACAUUCCGGACUACAAGGAAGCUGUCAUUGUGAGUCCAGAUGCCGGUGGUGCGAAGAGGGCCACGGCUAUCGCCGACAGCUUGGGCAUGGACUUUGCCCUUAUUCAUAAGGAACGAAGACCGACUCGAAUCACGGAUCGACAAAAUGCGACGAUGAUGUUGGUUGGCAAUGUUGCUAACCGAGUUUGUAUUCUGGUUGACGACUUGGCGGAUACGGCCAACACCAUCACCCGUGCCGCCAAGCUCGUACGAAAAGAAGGAGCGACAGCGGUUUACGCCCUCUUGACGCACGGCGUACUUAGUGGUGAUGCGAUUGCACGAAUCAAUGCGUCGGCACUAGACAAGGUCAUUGUGACCAACUCGGUUCCCCAGGACGAGCACAAGAGGAUGUGCCCCAAGCUUGAAGUAUUGGACGUGGCACCAAUAUUCGCCGAAGCAAUCCGCCGUAUCCACCAUGGUGAAUCAAUCAGCGUUCUGUUCCAGUAUGAUUGAAUGAUGGUAGGAAUUCAAGAUAAGAAGAUGGGAGUUAUCCCAUCCACUCACGCCGAGUUAUUGUUACAGAGACUGUCUACCAGGACGCAGUACCUCAAUGAUAUCUUGACGGGUCGCAUUUCACCCCUGAACAAAUCCUUCUCGGGUUUAAAUGCCAGUGACGUAUUUCCUGUAUGGGGGAAUUCAUUUUAUUUGACUCGAGCCUCGUCACUCGGUCUUGGGCGUCACUCAUUUACUUUGGAAUGCAUGAGGUUGAAAGCAACCUCCUUUUUUAAGGUAGGCUAGACUCAUUAGCUGGUUUAUUUUUUACACCUGCAUUUACCGCAACGACCGGGCACUACUGGUAAUUGGUUGGGGACUUGCAGCAGAGAAGAAGAAGACGACGAAGAUGAAGCAGUUGCAUGUCAUAGACAAGUUUCUAGGUGGGCAGAGUAACAAGAACUUCCCAAACGCCUUACGUAUUCUGGACCGUAAAUGCUGCCAAUCCCAACAUAUGCUAGUUUUCCUAUGACAUGUGUUAUGAACUAAACAAUCCUUUCUCAACCAUGUACCUAGCAACCUACGUACCUGCAUGUAUGUAGACCACUCUACUGAAGGCUAGGUACAUAACCGAGGGUAGUUGGUAACUUAUGAUAUCGCAAAAGGGGAAUGAAUAUAGGUACCAAGUUGGACUGGCUUCUAUACAUGUAUAUCUCUUCAAUGCUGAAAGAUAAGAAUAAAGAAUGAAAAAAAAG